GCCAGCGCGUGGAGCUGCUGUGCGUCCCGCAGUAGCAUCGGCAUCUCCAGAGACUGCUGCCUCGGCUCGUGCUCAUUCCUUACGUCCCCCCCGCGUCCCAAAGGAGUCACUGCCCUGCACCCCCACGGCCCAGAGCAGUAGAAACCACCCACCUGAGGACUAGUUUGAAAAUGGAAAACCAAGAACCAAAGAAUUGUCAGAAUUCCAAACAAUCUAUUAUUUCUGAGGAGUUAAUUUCAGAAGGAAAAUGGGUGAAGUUUGAAAAGACAAGUUACAAAGAUCCUGCUGGCAAAAUUAGAACUUGGGAAACUGUGAAACGAACAACCAGGAAAGGACAGUCGGCUGAUGGUGUGUCAAUCAUUCCACUGCUGCAAAGAACUCUUCACUAUGAGUGUAUCGUUCUGGUGAAACAAUUCCGACCACCUAUGGGAGGCUACUGCCUAGAAUUCCCUGCAGGUCUCAUUGAUGAUAAUGAAAGUCCAGAAGAAGCCGCUCUCCGGGAGCUGGAGGAAGAGACAGGCUACAAAGGUGACGUUGCCGAGUGCUCUCAAGCUGUGUGUAUGGAUCCAGGUCUGUCAAACUGCACCACACACAUUGUGACCGUGACCAUCAAUGGAGACGAUGCUGAGAAUGCAAGACCUAAGCCAAAGCCAGAAUUUGUGGAAGUAAUUUCCUUACCAAAGAAUGACCUGCUGCACAGACUUAAUGCACUGGUGGCUGAAGAACACUUGACGGUGGAUGCCAGAGUUUAUUCCUAUGCCUUGGCACUGCAGCAUGCCAAUGCGAAGCCAGUAGAAGUGCCUUUCCUAAAGUUCUGAGGCCAAAGGACAGUGUUUCUGCACAUGAGACCACCACUCUGCCUCCACUAAAACUUUGUAUUCAUCUUGGUUUAAUGUAGAAUUUAAUAACUUUUUUCAUAAAAUAAAGGGAGCAGAGUGCA